GAACCGUGGUAGGGGUACAUUGGCAAGAAACUUCGCGUUAUCAUUCAUUCUCCGCUUAAUAUCAGCACAGGCAGUACUUACUCCUUCCCCCUCUACUCUCUUUCCCAUCGCAUAAACCCUCGCGCGACCUCUACGGUUUAGGAAGCCGGCUUUGUGAGCUAGUAGAAAAUGGAAAAUCUUGCUCUGGCGUCCAGCAAAUUCUCUGUCGUCGCCGGUUUACCCUCUGCUAACGAUAUUCGAAUCCGGCGAUGGCCAGCAUUUCCAUUACUUUCUUUGCCGGCGGGCGGGAAGGGAAUUCGUAGAUCAAGAGUCUCCCGUUUCCUUGCUUCGUCACUUGGACGCGAGAGCCGCGACGAAGCUUCGCUGAGAGUUUCGUGGACAGUGCUUGAAAAAACCGGAACGCAAAAUUUUGCCAGUAUUUCAUCAUCAAAUAGCGGCGAGAUUUCUACAGUUACCCCUGUUCCUCAGGCCCCACUUCCACCCCCACCAUCGUACUUCGGUUCACCUCUUUUCUGGGUUGGAGUUGGAGUUGGGCUGUCAGCAUUAUUCUCAGUGGUGGCUACCAGAGUUAAGCAAUAUGCAAUGCAACAAGCAUUUAAGACCAUGAUGAGUCAAGCAACAGAACAAAAUGGCCAAUUCAGCAAUGCAGCCUUUCCGGCUGGCUCACCAUUUCCAUUUCCAUCAAUACCACAGUCAUCUCCAACCCCGUCAUCAACGCCAAAUUAUACCUCAAAAACAGCGGCUGUUGUAGAUCUCCCUCCGACUAAAGUAGAAGAUUCUCGUCCUCCCAUCGACUCCAAAGAACAAAUUGAACAAAAGCCCAAAAAAUAUGCCUUUAUCGACGUUUCUCCUGAAGAAGUGUUGCGAAAGAGUUCUGAAUAUUCAAAAGACUCGGAAGAGUCCAUUUCUCAAAGUGUGGGUCUAUCUGAGAAGGAAAUUACACUGAAUGGAGCUGCCUUUAAACAGGAGCAGAAUUUUCCCAGUGCAUCAAAAAUAGGUACGUCAGGAUCUGUAUUGUCCGUUGAAGCAUUGGAGAAAAUGAUGGAGGAUCCAAAUGUGCAGAAGUUGGUUUUCCCGUAUUUACCUGAGGAGAUGAGGAACCCAACUACCUUUAAGUGGAUGCUACAAAAUCCACAAUACCGGCAGCAAUUACAAGAUAUGCUAAACAGUAUGGGUGGUAGUAGUGAAUGGGAUAACCGUAUGAUGGAUACAUUGAAAAAUUUUGAUCUCAGCAGUCCAGAGGUCAAACAGCAAUUUGAUCAGGUAGGCUUGACUCCUGAAGAGGUUAUUUCUAAAAUUAUGGCAAAUCCUGACGUCGCUUUGGCAUUUCAAAACCCUAAAGUGCAAGCCGCAAUCAUGGAUUGCUCUCAGAAUCCUCUCAGCAUUGCAAAGUAUCAAAAUGACAAGGAGGUCAUGGAUGUAUUCACCAAGAUUUCAGAACUCUUUCCUGGAGUGUCUGGUAGCCUCUAAAACCUCCUCUGCUUGCUUCCCAAAAAUUCCGAAGACGUGCGUGAUGAUCAUUUUGCUUAGCCUGAGUGCCCAAACAAAUGUGCUCGUACUUUGAAAGAUAACAAUUCGUGAGGCUUGGUUUUGUAGGGAGUGG